UACUAAGUAUUUGAAGAGAUGAAGGUGAAUUAGGAUAAUAAAGUUAACGGUAGAUUUGUAGGGGGUUAAGUAAAUAUCGGAGGUGAACUGUGAUUCGGGAGAGUUUAUGCAGAAUGAUGUUUGGGGGUUUGAGGAUAGUAAAGAAUAUCGGAGAUUUAUGUACGUAUUAAGAGGGUAAAAGAUAGUGAUAAAGCGGAUAUUGUGGAUUGUGGGAAAUUAAGGCAAUAUUGUGACUUGAGCAAAUGUAUGGCGGAUUUUGAGGAUUAAUAGGGAUAUCAGAGAUUGGAAGAAAAAAAGAGAAAUAAAGAAGAGUUAAUAGAGAUAUGGACCAGAGAUGGGCGAAAAUUUUCGUUUCGUUAUUUUCGCGGACGAAUAUAACGAAUUUUCUAUAUUUUUGCGACGUACCCCGCUAAUUAAGAGAAAAAAUUUGCCUACGGCAAAUAAAUUGUCCAACAUAGUUCUUUGAUUCAUAAUUUUUUUAGAUUAUGAAGCGGUAUAUUGUGGAUUGUUCAUAAUUUUUUUAAAUUAUGAAUCAAAAUGUAGUAAUUGCAAAUAGAUAACAGAGAAUUAAAAAGGAUAUCAGGGAAUUUUGGCAGAUAUUGGGAGGGAGUUCGGCGGGUAUUCAUAUGCCGUUAUUUUUUCGUUUCGUUUUUUACGCACACAGAUGAUUUUAUUUUUUUCGCUUUCGUUUCGCUGAGGGCAAAAUUCUAUUUUCGCCCAUCUCUGAUAUAGACUAUUUUGGAAACUUUCGAGUGAGAGUGUUAAAGAGAAUAUCGGUACUUUGAAUUGAUAUCGGGGGAUUUAUAUUAAAAACAUAAGUUCUGUGAAGAUAUGGAGGAUUUGAGAUAUAAAGUGGGAUAUAUAAGGGAUCUUUUAGUUACAAACGAUAAAUUCAGAUUUAAUGAAGGGAUUUUGAGGAUUCCGAACAUUAAGACGGAUAUUGGGAAACUAUUAAUUUUUAUUAUUUGGGGUAUAGUAUUUAGGAAACUAUUAAUUUUUAUUAUUUGGGGUAUAGUAUUUAGGAAAUACAAGAAAGGUAUUAGUGUUUGAAAGUGACUCUGAUGAGUGACUGGGGAAUAUCAAAAGUUUUGUGGGCUUAAUAUUGAUAUUGAGGGAUGUGGAUUAAGAUAUGAUUUUGGGGAUAUUAGGAAAAGAGAAGUAUCAAAGAAUAAUAUAGAUAUCGGGGAUUAGGGUAAUUAAGAAUGCUUUUGAGGAUUAGAGUGAUACGCAACACAAAAAUAAGAAAAAUGUGUGAAAGCCUAUGAAACCUAAUCAUC